GCUUCAGUAUAUAUCCAGCUGUAUAAAUGGAUACAAUGUAAAAAGUUGAGUAAGUCGCUCUGGAUAAGAGCGUCUGCUAAAUGCCUGUAAUGUAAUGUAAAAUCAAGGCGGUAAGAAAAAAGUUUAAAUUUUUGGCGACUGAGGAAACGGAAGGAAACGGAAGGAACGAUCCAAUGGCCUCGUUGAAUGGAGGGAAGAUCCGGGCCAAUGAGGAUCCGUAAAAUCCUAUCCAAUCAACUCCUCGCUAGUAUGCUUUAAAUGUGUGUCGGCGGCAUCGCGCUACAUUCUGACAACCGAGUCUUGAAUAAGAAGAAAUGGCCAGAACUAAGCAGACCGCACGUAAGUCAACUGGUGGUAAAGCCCCCAGAAAACAGCUUGCCACGAAGGCGGCGCGUAAGAGCGCGCCUGCAACGGGCGGCGUGAAGAAGCCUCACCGCUACAGGCCUGGUACUGUGGCUCUGCGAGAAAUCCGCCGUUAUCAGAAGUCUACUGAGCUACUGAUUCGUAAACUGCCCUUCCAGCGCCUUGUGAGAGAGAUCGCUCAGGAUUUCAAGACCGAUCUCCGAUUCCAAAGCUCAGCAGUCAUGGCUCUGCAGGAGGCUAGCGAGGCAUAUCUCGUUGGUCUCUUUGAGGACACCAAUCUGUGCGCAAUUCACGCCAAGAGAGUGACUAUCAUGCCCAAGGAUAUCCAGCUAGCCCGCCGCAUCCGGGGAGAGCGCGCUUAAGACAGUUUGCCAGCACGCAAUCCAUACAACAAAGGCUCUUUUAAGAGCCACU